GAGAACUCACUACAGUUGGAGGAUCAACGUCUUCUCAACAAAAUCGCUUCAAAAGAAUUUUGUCAUUCAGAUAAUUUCUUGAGUCCGAUCGACAAACACGAGACACAAGGCAGCUCAGUUCAGAAGCUUUUAUCGGUCUCUUAUCGAUUGAUUGAGUCCUGGGAGUUUUUCAGUCGCUUCCUGGUCGCAAGUUUUGCUGUGAGGACCCAGGUUACAUCCAAACUGUCAGAACUGAAGAUGGGUCUCCUGAAGCUGAUAGAGGCCAAUCAGGAUGGAGCAGGUGGAUUCUCUGAGAGUUCGGUGCUCCAGCUCACGCCGUAUGGAAACUCUGAACUGUUCGCCUGCUUUAAGAAGGAUAUGCACAAGGUGGAGACGUACCUGACCGUGGCCAAAUGCCGACUCUUUCCAGAAGCUAACUGCACCCUGUAGCCCCGCCUCUCCGCCAAGAAGUACCUCCCCGCAGAUGACAUCAUAUGCAUUCUGUAGCCCGACCCCUGUG